CAACGACAACAACAAUAACAAUAAAAGCCAACAAAAAAAUUUUUGGCCACUUUAUCGGCGGACAGACACACACACACACACACCACACCCGAUAGCUACUACCCUAUAAUUUUUAGUUGUGGACACAUCACACACCCGCGACAAAAAAUGGCCAAACGAAUAGCCGAAAAACAGCUAACAAUGGAUAACUAUGACCAGAAAAGACGACGACUACGCGAUACCCGACGGCGGCGGCGGCGGACCGCAAGUGGCCGCCCAAAGACACUCAGUAACCGUUGUAUGGCCAGAGCUCGCCGACAGGUGGAUAAUAUGGACAGUACAAACAGCCGUGUCGGCCGCCGACGAUAACGACACGCCUUCGCCGGCUUUCAAAGCGUUUGGCGGUUUCAACGGUCUCGGCAGCGGCACAACAGCGACGGCAAAGUUUGACGCGUUUAAGUCGUUUGCGGCUACCGUUACAACCAGUGAUAAGAGCCAGCCGUCACCGCCGCCGGUGUUGAUGACCACCGCUACUAUUCCAACCACAACCUGUCUGGCUAUUAGUACACCAUUACAACAGUCGUCGUCGACGGCGUCAUCAUCAUUAUCGGUCAGUUAUACGAACGGCCGAUCAAAACUAAACAAUAUCAACAAUGCCUAA